AUGGCUAUGGCAAAAGUAGGAAGCAGCUGUGGAGGAUGGGUCAAGGAUGUCGACGGUGAAAAGUUCCUGGGGCAAUGUGGCCCUGAAGAACACUGCCUUGACCGUAUAUGCCGUGCCAAGGUACGAAGAGGCGGUGACUGCUCGGAAGAAAACAUCUGUUUCUCCACGGACUAUUGCGAUGAAAAAAACGUCUGCCGUAAAAGAAAGGAGACGACCGGUCCAUGUGCCAGUGACGGUGAAUGCAAGGAUAACGUUUGCGUCAAGGGACGUUGUAAAGCCAAAGGCCAGGCUUGCGGGAGCGACGCGGACUGUAAGCACGGGAAGGUUUGCUUAUAUGCGACCAAUCGCGAUAUCAGUACCGUUAAGGGAAAUAUCCGAACUUGUCAGAAUUCGGUAAAUGGAAAUCUCGGCAUCAAAUGUUCCAGAAACAAGGACUGCACCAAGUGCCACGCAGGACAAACCUUGGCCCAGUUGGUUGCAGAAGCUAAGGAAAAGAGUCCUUCCCUAGCCAAAGACGUCAAGAAAAAUGCUUCGAAGCUUCUGGCUGAACAGCGACGAAGGCAAAGGAUGUGCACGAAAACUACAAAGUGCCAGUUCAAUGUUUGUGUGGAGCCCGAUUGGUUCCCCCGCGGGAAGGCUGAGACGGGCUUCUACUGCCGCAGAGAUGCUGACUGCGAGUCUGGGAACUGCGAGACUACGACUCAUGAUAAUGGAAAGCUCACCUUGAAAUACUGCGGGGGCCGCAAGACCUCCUCGUGA